AUGCAGACAACAGAGGAGAAAGAGGAGGAGGGAGAGGAAGGAGGAGCGAGCAGGGAACAGACUGGCUGAGGCUCGCAGCUCUCAGUCUCUCCUCUGUGCUUCACAAAGCAGCUUCUCUCUGCUUUCCUCUCUCUCGCACACAUCGGCUUUCAUACGCGCUACUUGCCUGAGCUGACGAGAGGAAUCGCAGCAGAAGAGGGCUCACCCGCUCCAACUCUUCCCUCGCGAUGCUGCCCUGGAGGAAUAAGUUUGUUCUGGUGGAGGACGAGGCCCAGAGUAAGCCCAAGAGCCUAGGCACCGUGACCUACCACUCCAUCCUCUCCUCUCUACUCCGAUCCUGUCCUGACUUGCUACCCGACUGCCCCUUCGACUGGGUGGGCAGCAUCUUCCAUACCAAACGGCAAAAGGUGGACGAAUAAGAGGAGCCAGUUUACCAAUGUGCGGUACCUGGGGAGCGUGUCACCAUCACGGCAAAGGGAGACGGCUGCACUCAGGAGGCAGUGGCCAAGAUCUGGGCGAGGAGCAACUAUGGGGAGCAGAGUGUCAAGAUGAGGUUAACGGUGGGAUCACAAGGCAUCGCGAUGAGCGCUGACAAAAUCGGGAAAAAGAAACCUAUCCAUCUUUACUCACUGAACAGAAUCACCUAUUGCAACGCUGACCCGUGCCGACCCAUCCUGGCUUGGAUCUACAGGCACCAGGUCAAGAACAUGGCAGUGGUGCUCCGGUGUCACGCUGUCCUCGUGAGCAAGUCGGAGAAGGCCCAGGCCAUCGCCACCAGCCUCUACCAGAACUCCACCUCUGUCAGCGAGUUCAAACGCCUGAAACGUCAGAGUGAUUUCCGGCACUGCCAGCAGCAGUUGCUGGGCGAGGAAGCGGUGCCCUGAUGGCCACUGAGGAGGCUGCUGAACGGGCAGUGCCACUACCGACCGCCUCCAGACAAACCGGGAAGUACCACCCGCCUCUGCUCCAUCACAGAGGAAAGAGGAAGAGGAUGACGAGAGGGAGAACAGAGAUGGAAGCAAAAAUCAGAGGAGGAUGUGGACGAGCAGCAGGAGAAGCAGAAGGUGUUAACAACAAACACAGACCCAACUCAGUUAUUAUCAGAGCUGGCCAUUGGGGACAUUGCCCAACUGGAGCAGUGCCAAAUCAACUUUGUCAGUGACAGCAACAACAACACAUUUACGUUCAUAACCUCUCUGGUGUGACUGUAAUGCAGUUUGGAGAAUGUGAUUCUGCAACACGACAACAACACAUUCCUCUCUUUGCCCUCCACUGGAACCCCACUCAGGCUCCCUCCUGCCCAUCCAUGUGAUGUGAAGUGUUUACCAGAAACUUCUCCUACUUACCGGGUGGUAGAGAAAAGGCCAGAUGAUCCUUCAGUGGAGUGAUUUCUAUUCUGGCCAGAUGGCUCAGGACGCUGGU